CAUUGUAUCCCAGUUGAAAGGUCAACACUUCUUGUGUGUGUGCAGUGACUAUGUGGUUCGAUCCCUUCGAUUAUUCCCGGCCAUCCCGUCUCCUGGACCAGCGCUUCGGUUUAAGCUUAGAGCCCGAGGACCUCUUCUCGCCCAUGAUCCCGCGGGAAUUCCGCAACUACCUCAGCCGUCCCGCGGGGUAUCUGCGCCCUUGGCGGUCGGCCGCGUCUGAGCGGGACGCCGGGUCGACUCUCAGCUUCGCCGAGGGUCAGUUCCAGGCCAAUUUAGACGUGCAGCAGUUCAAGCCGGACGAGAUCACGGUGAGGGUGGUGGACAACACGAUAUGUGUGGAAGGGAAGCACGAGGAGAAGGAGGACGAGCAUGGGUACAUUUCGCGACAUUUUAUGCGGAGGUAUGUGGUGCCGCGAGGGCACGAUCUGGAUAAGGUGGAGUCCAGGUUGUCGUCGGACGGAGUGCUUACGAUUACGGCGCCCAAGAUUGGGGUGGAAGAAGCGGGGGCGCGGAGUAUUGCGAUAGUCCAGACGGGACAACCGUCCAAGGUCGUGGAGAAGAAGGAAGAGGAAAGAAGCUGAAAAUUAUAAUUUUCCAUUUCUGUAAUAUUAUGUAUCUUUAAGUAAAUAAACAGCGAUAAUGAAA